GCAGCAGGUGCAGGGCGGCUCCGUGCCACCAGGGUCUACAGGGAUGGAGCUGGGGGGAGAGGAGGGUAGAGUGUUUGGGUGGGAGGUCUUGAUUUGUGGUCUCAGAGGGGGCGCAAAGACGGUGAGAAGGGUGUGGGAAGUUAGGAGUGCGAGAUAAACCUCAAAAGAGCCCUCCUGUCUCCCAGCCCUAGCUUGGCCUUCGUAACCUCCAAUCCUGUCUUCCGGUUUCAGGAGGACCCUGUGUCGCAAGUUGUCUUGUUUCCCCUCCGGAGGCCUAAUCCCGCGUCACCCUGUGGGGGCGGAACGAUUUCCGGGAUGGGCCUCACAGCUCAUUUCCGCCCGAAACUUUGGCGCGCGCAUGCGUCAUUUCCUCCAGCCCGGAGCGCCGCCUCCCUUCCCGGAGCGUCUCUGACCCAGGCCUCGAACUCCGGCUGUGAGGGUCCUAGGGGGGCGGGGAGCAGGGCUGAUGAGUAACCCCUCCCCCCAGGCCCCAGAGGAAGAAGCCUCCACGUCUGUCUGUCGGCCCCAGAGUUCCAUGGCCUCCGCUUCCCGCCGGCAGCGCCGAGAGCGACGCUUCCGGCGGUACUUGUCGGCGGGGCGGCUGGUGCGGGCCCAGGCUCUCCUCCAGCGACAUCCCGGCCUUGAUGUGGACGCUGGCCAGCCCCCACCUCUCCACAGGGCCUGCGCCCGCCACGAUGCCCCUGCCCUGUGCCUGCUGCUGCGCCUCGGGGCGGACCCUGCCCACCAGGACCGCCAUGGCGACACGGCGCUGCACGCUGCUGCCCGCCAGGGCCCUGAUGCUUACACGGACUUCUUCCUGCCGCUGCUGAGUCGCUGCCCCUCCGCCAUGGGGAUAAAGAACAGAGAUGGGGAGACCCCUGGGCAGAUUCUGGGCUGGGGACCCCCUUGGGACUCUGCUGAUGAGGAAGAGGAUGACGACGUCUCCAAGGAGCGGGAAUGGCGACAGAAGCUGCAGGGCGAGCUGGAGGAUGAGUGGCAGGAGGUCCUCGGGAGGUUUGAAGAUGAUGCCUCCCGUGAUACGCAGGAGCCCGAGUCCUUCUCAGCCUGGUCAGAUCGCCUGGCUCGAGAGCAUGCGCAGAAGCGGCAGCAGCUGGCGGCAGAGGGAUCCUACAGACCCCUAAGGGCUGAGGGCUCCAGUCAGAGCUGGCGACAGCAAGAGGAGGAACAGCGGCUUUUCCAAGAGCGAGCCCGAGCCAAGGAGAAGGAACUGUGUGAGAGCCGAGCCAGGAGGGCUCAACAGGCCCAAGGGGACAGGGGGCCGGAGCCUCCCAGGCCAGGGCCCAGGGCAGAGCACCCACGAGGGGCAGGGAGGGGCAGCCUCUGGCGCUUUGGUGACGUGCCCUGGCCCUGCCCUGGUGGAGGGGACCCAGAGGCCAUGGCUGCAGCCUUGGUGGCCAGGGGCCCCCCUCUGGAGGAACAAGGUGCUCUGAGGAGGUACUUGCGAGUCCAGCAGGUCCGAUGGCACCCUGACCGCUUCCUGCAGCGAUUCCGAAGCCAGAUUGAGACUUGGGAGCUGGGCCGCGUGAUGGGGGCCGUGACAGCCCUGUCUCAGGCCCUGAACCGCCAUGCCGAAGCCCUCAAGUGACCCUAGAGGAUGUAGCCUCAAGGACGGACAGGAGGAGGCAUCAAGUCAUGGAUGGGGACGGACAAGAGGAGGCCGCUGCUGUAGAGGAUAUGGGGCAGGAUAACGUAAUGGGUGCGGGGGUGGGGACGGCUCUGCCACUGCUCUGGAGUCUGCCAUUUCCUAAUAAGACUUGGUCCUGCACCUCACUCCAGGCUUCUCUGGUUUUUCCAUUGCUAUGGUUUUCAUCACCCACGACAUCUCCUUUCCCGCCCAACUGUUGAAACCCGCAGCUCCCACACACGUGCAGCACAGUCAGACAGUGCACUCUCAGUGGAGUCUAGAACCCCCUGAGGUCAGCCCUCCGAAGGCCCAGUUCAUCCCCCAGACCCCUCGGCUCCCCCCACUGGGGUCCUGAACACUUUGCA